UUGUCUUAUGUGCUGGUGUUCUUGAUGGCAGCUGUGUCGAUAGAGGGCACUCGGAUGCGAAGACUGCAUCCCUCGGGGGAGACUGAUUUGGUUGUCGGACUUCCGGGACAGCCGUCGGUAAAUUUCAAGCACUAUGCUGGCUACGUGAGCGUAAGUGAGCAUAGAUCUCUGUUUUACUGGUUCUUCGAGGCCAUGGAAGCACCCGCCACAAAGCCCUUGGUCUUGUGGCUCAAUGGAGGUCCUGGAUGCUCAUCUGUUGCUGGUGGAGCUAUCAGUGAGGUUGGUCCCUUCCUCGUCACAGAUGAGGGCUCUGGCCUCAGGUUCAACCCGUACGCAUGGAACAAAGUCGCCAAUCUCCUGUUCCUGGAUUCUCCGGUAGGAGUGGGAUUCUCCUACUCCGAUAGCUCAUCGGAUGCAAAGAACCUGAACGAUCAGAUAACCGCAGAAGACACACAUGCUUUCCUCAUUUACUGGUUUCUCAAGCAUCCCGACUUCAAGUCUCAGGAGUUGUACCUCGUCGGAGAAAGCUAUGCUGGGCAUUAUGCACCACAACUAGCAGAGGUCAUUGAUGAAAGAAACAAAGGAGCCAAGGACUCGUACAUUAAUCUUAAAGGCCUUAUGAUUGGCAAUCCAUUGAUUGAUGUCGAAGAAGAGCUAAGAAUUGCAACCAUAGACUUUGCUUGGAAAAAUGGAUAUAUAUCAGACAAUUUGUACCAGGCUGCAACCACUGCAUGCACACCAGUACCAGGCAGCAACUGCCCUGAGUUGGUAUAUGAGGUCGAAGAUAGCUUCUCGGAUAUUAUGUUUGGCAUCUAUUCCCCGACAUGCUCCAAGUUCAACACCAUUAAGAACGAGAUAGGAAGCGGACUGGCGACGGAGGCAACUGGGUAUGAUCCAUGCUCGACUGACAAUGCAGAGGUGUAUCUUAGCCGGGAGGAUGUGCAGAGAGCUCUACAUGCCAACCUCACUCGUCUACCCUAUCCAUACUCCUUUUGCAGCAUGGACGUACAUAAUGCUUACAACCAGACGGUGCCGACAGUUCUUCCGUUGCUUCGUAAGUUGAUAGAUGCAGGCUACCGCAUGUGGAUCUAUAGCGGUGACACCGAUGGACGUGUGACGAUUCCGGUGAUGAGGCGGAGCAUCAACAAGAUGAAUCUCUCCGAGAAGGCGUGGGACAAGUGGGGUGGCUGGAAGAAGUGGUACUAUGAGGCUCAGGUGGCCGGGUGGAUGGUGGAGUACACGGAGGGGUUGACGUUCAUCACUGUCCGAGGGGCCGGGCACAUGGUGCCGGCUUUCUCUCCUGGCCGCGGACUCGCUCUCAUCUCCAACUUCUUGAAGGGGGAGCCUAUGCCCUUCAAAGAUACCCAAAGCAAAGACACAAUGCACUGAAAUCCUGUGUCUCCGUCGACGAUAAACCAAGACGAGAUUGUAGAA